UGGAGAUUGGCCACACCGCGGCCACAUCAAAUCUGGGGGUCUAGCGUGUGACCCUGUUAUUUCUAUCCUGCAAUAAAAUAGCUGUGUAAUCCUAUAAGUUGUGCAUUGUUGAAAUAGUUAAAAAUCAAAUUGUUGUGUAAUUUAUGUGUAAAACAUGGAACGUGCAACUGGAACAGAAGUCUACGGGUGUGGCUCGCCCCAUUCUACGGACAUAACGCUAAAUAUACAAACGACAACGGGUGGCAAUUUCUCCAUCAGUCUGAACGGUAAAAACACAGUGGAGCAUCUGAAGAAGCUCGUUUCAAAGAAACUUAAAGUGUCAAAGGAUCGAAUAUGCCUUCUACAUCGCGAAAGACAACUGAGGGACGGAACCCUGGAGGAGAACGGUCUGCUAGACGGAUCGCGUAUUAUUUUACUGCCGAGCGUCGAGACUGGCUUACUGAGUCAAAGACCAGAAAACUCGGUGAUGCAGGCAUUAGAGUCCUUGAAUGAUACACAAGUGAAUGACUUCCUCAGUGGCAAGUCACCAUUGAAUCUAACAAUGAGACUGGGUGACCAUAUGAUGCUCAUUCAGCUUCAAUUGUCAACAUUGAAUACCACAGCCUCCUCAAUAGCGCAGCACCUGAGAAACACUCAGGCUAAAAAUGCAGCGCGCACUAAGUGUGAAUCCAAAGACACACCAAGCCCACAGGUCACUCCACAGAAAUCCACACAGUCUGAGAAUUCUGUUCCACGUAGUGAAAAGAGUAAACAGGAGGCUCAAAAAAGUGUUCUACAACAGCAGGAUAUAGAUAUGUUACAAAAUGCUCUCGGCCUUUACCAGAAAAUGACAGAAGAACAGUUUCAGUCCUCAUCAAGUGAUGAUAAGGAAGAAAUGGAUACCACAAACUGUACAUUAAUAGAUUUAACAGAAACAUCUUUAGAGAAUGAACAGUCCCCUAUUAAAUCUUUAUCAAAUUUGGUGUCUAGUCCAAUCAAUGUUUCUACCUCUGAAGGCAGAGAGGCUACACUAGGAACUUCAGUAAAGAAUAGUUUAAUAGACUUGUUGUCUAGUAAUAAAUCUGCCACUCUGGCCACCGACGCAGUGCCCUCUACUAGUGCUAUGGCUGACAAAGCAUGCCCAACAACUUCACAUACACCAGAUAGUUCAAUCAGUGAUGAUAGUGACAACUUUUCUGAUCAGAGCUCCUUUUUGGCUGAGAGCACAAUUGAUGAGUACCCAAUGGAAAAUCUGUUUAACAAUGCAGUGGACAAAGGGUUGUUUGAUGAUCAGGACGAAUCCAUGAUGGACAGAGAGAUUUCAAACCUUGCCACCACAAGCCACGGAACCCAGGAGUCAUCUGCUGGCCCAUUGCCAUCUUUCCAGAGUUUAAACGAGCCUUUAAAAAGCAAACGCUUCCAAUACAUGUUACAUAAAACAUCAAAAUUCAAACAUCCUAUUGGCCUUAAUAAACAAAAAACCUUUAUUCAAUCUGUUGUAAAUAAACAGAAGAAGAAAACAUCUAAUCAAACUGAAACAAGUCCCCAGCCCUCUACAUCUCGAACUGAACCAUAUGUGACAAGUGCUAAGAAACCUGUUCAAGUAAUUGAUGCCAGUGCAGACAAUUCAACACCUUCAACGUCCAAGCAGGUUACCUUCAAGGCUCCAGAUGCUCCAAAAAAACCACAGAGGGUAUCACAAACCCCACCAGUAGACACUAAGGCUCUAAUUGAAGCUUCAAAGAACUUGACGCAGAAGUUAAAGAAACUAUCUAAGGAGGUUCUCACAAACAAGAUUGAUCUCAGAACACCUGAAGAGACUGAUCGUGCUAAACUUGGCCCGGGAGCUGUUAUCGAGACCAUGAAGCAUCAUGGCAAGGGCAUUUAUUCUGGUACCUUCUCUGGCACUCUAAAUCCAGCUCUCCAAGACAGAUUCGGACGACCAAAGAGGGAUAUAUCUACAAUAAUCCACAUAUUGAACGACCUGCUGUGUGCCGCGCCGCCCAUUGCCAUAUCAACGAAGGAGCCAAAUUUCUGUACAGCCAAUGGCAUCGAGGAUCAUUCAAAAUGCCUCGGCUGCAAUGUGCUCCCGUGUCCAGACGGGCACUGCCAAGGACACCUACAAUCCGUACCGGACAAGUGCACUUGCACCCGCAAAAACUGCCAUUGCAUUCGACUCAACCCGAACAUCUGCAUCUUCUGCGACAGGAGACCCGACCUCUUAGCCGGCAGGAUAUGCAAGAGCUGCGACUCAGCCAAAUCCCUAGAGCUCGAGAACACCAAGACGAAGUGCAAACUCGAGCAGCUGAGACUGGUGAUGCAACAGAAAAAGCAAAGGAGGGAGGCCCGCAAGCUCAAAACCCUCCCGUACACCACACCGCAAAGUAUUUCGCCCCCGAAGAAGGCAAGUGUGGUCAACGAGGAGAUAGACACAGUUGGCUAACACGAUUGUUUU